AUGAAGUUCUCCACGAGUAUAAAACACACAAACCCCGUCGUUCUCACCACCACGCACACGCCAACCCCUCCCUCCUCAUCCCCUCACCCCCACCUCCCUUUCCUCAUCCACCCCAUCCACUCCAUCCGCCUCUCCCCCUCCACCCACCCCACCGCUCUCAUCCUCCCCACCCGCGCCCCCAAAUCCCUCCGCAAGGUGCAAGCCCUGCGCACCACCGCCCGCGGCAUCGCAGCCCGCCUCAACGCAUUCGAGCAAGACCUGCUAGCCGCAGAAAAGGGCGCAAAGGAGCUCAAGGAGAAGUAUUACCGCGCUGAUGAGAGUGACGGGGCGAUGGUGCGGAUGUUCAGGCAGGUGUUUGAGGGUUUGGAGCUCUGUAGUAGGGGCUUUGCCGAACUGAAGGGGUGGUGGGUGGGUGUUGUGAGGGAGGGGAGUGGGGCGGGGGUUUGGGCUGGUGCGCCGUUUUAG